UAUAAUCAUGAAAAUAAAACAACAAAGAAAGGAAUGGGAAGUGUCUCACUGUCUGUGUUUAAUUUUUAUAACAUCUGAGACUUACACUACAGCCGUCUGUGUUUAACUUCAGAAUUGGCCUUUAAAUGUGUUUUUACCUGUGUCUUCAUUUAUUUACAGUGUAUGCCUCAGUGCUUAAAUAUACAGAAAGGUUUUUAAUUUGUGUCUUUAAUGACGAUUUCUUUGAGAAAUUAUAGUUGACAGGUUUUUCUGUCAUUAACUUCAGUGAUGGCUGCCGGCAGUCUUUGGUUGUUCUACAAGCUGUGUAUUAAUUUAAGAGACUGACACAAUACAACAUAUACAAUAAAGUCUUAAAUUGAUUCUGCUACCAGAGUCUAAUUAGAGCAAUAAAGACCACUGACAAUUAAAAAUAUAUUGCAAACAAUCAAUUAUUUGACUUUUAGUGUUUUUUUAAAUCAGAUUUUAAACUGGUUGACAAUUACCUUGAAUGAUACAAUAAAUAUGACCUCCAGUGUGCAGUAACCAUUGUAAGACAACCAUUUAUUUAAUGAGAUUUAACAAAGUACGAUAAAAGCUGAAGUGAAAUUCAACAUAGAUGCACUCACUCAUAUCACCACAUGGUGGCGCUGUUGUUUUAUUCUGAAAGUCGAAGAGACGACAAGUGAUAGAGGCGCCGACUCUGGAUGCUAAACCGGGCUGCUCGCUCUGAAUCAGAAACAUUAGGAACUACUACGAGAACUAUAUAUAUAUAUUAUAUUAUAUUAUAUUAUAUUAUAUAUUCGAGUUGCGGCGGUAGGAGGAGGACCAGCAGUGCAGAUAUCGAGGCUGUUCUCGGAGACAAAGCUUGAGACCGCGCCGCAUCCUUCCGUGUUAUUGUUGGACCCGGCCCGCCCAUACUCCAGAGCAUCUCCAGGAAACCCGGCUACAGACAGACAAUACGGUGCUAUUAUCCAUCACAAUGGAGGUAGGCUGUGAAAUGUCCGGUCAGUCUGACGCCGGUUUCUGCAGAUGAGAUGUGGAUAACGAGAAGCUGUCCCUGAGUAGCUGGACUUUUUUUUUUUUUUUUACAAUGACCUUGGUUGUGUUGUUUUAUUUCCAGGAGCACGACGGUCGUUAGGAAAUAAUACCUGUAAUACUAAAUAACAAUAAACUCCACCACCUAUUAUGGACUUUCCAGGUCAUUUCCAGCAUAUUUUCAAGCAGCUCAACCACCAGCGCCUCCAUGCUCAGCUGUGUGACUGUGUGGUGGUGGUUGGAUGCCAGAGCUUCCAGGCUCACCGCUCCAUCCUGGCAGCAUGCAGCUCCCACUUCAGGGCUCUUCUGAGCUCUAAUGACAGCGGGGAAGAUGUUGGAGCUGGUGGCCCCAGUGUGAUGCAGCUGGAUCCAGAGGUGGUGACCCCAGAGGCCUUCUCCACCUUGCUGGACAUGAUUUACACCUCCACCCUCUCUCUUGGGGCCUCCAAUGUGAUGGAUGUACUGUUGGCGGCAUCGCACCUGCACCUCAACACUGUGGUCAAAGCCUGCAAGCUCCAUUUGUCCAGGAAGAACUUCCCAGCGUCGCCGCCUAAAGGCUGGAGGUCAGUGCAGCAGCAGCAGCUGUGUCCAUCUUCCCAGGCAGAGGGAUCAGUCACAUCUGUCAUGGAGGAGGACAUCCGCGAGGAGGAAGUGGGAGUGGAGGUUAGUCAGUCUGGUGGGGUUGAAGACGACGGGGUGAGGGGGACAGUCGGUGGCGAGCAGAGCGUGGCACCCUUUUUGAGACACAAGAGAAAGUCACACGAGGACAGGCCCAGUGGCAGAAAGAGGUCCUGCAGGCUGCCUGAGGAAAACUAUAAAGAGUGUUCACCUACUGUUACCAGAAGCACCGUCAGUAUGGAGGAGGGAGGAGAGGAGCUGCUGAAGACAGCCCACGGGCUCUGGGAGGGCCGAGGUGAGGAAAAAGAGGAGGAGGUGGAGAAGAAAUAUGAAGCAACCGGGGGCGAGUCGGAGGAGAUCCAGCUACCGAGCCAGUCGGACAGCAGCAUGGGAGGUAUGGGUGUGUGGGAGAAGGGCGGAGAUACAGAUGGAGACACUGUGGUCAAAGUUAAGGUGGGAGAAGAAGGGGAAGACGAUGGAGAGGAGCCGAAGAUGGUGGUGAUUGAGGUGAAAAAGGAAAAUCUGAGCUCAUACUCUCCAGAUUUGGAAACGGUACCAAACAAUUCUCCCCCAUCUCCACCACGAGACUGCACAGACAAUUUGGAUACGCAACUAAAUGAUGAGAAAAUGUCCACAGCCUGUCCAGCAGAGGACGAUGUGAGCUCUUUGCAAUCUCAGCUGUGCACAGAUCUUCAAACCGAUGCACAGAGAGAGGCUGGAGACUUGGGCGAGGACUCAGUAGACGGUGAAGGCCUGGACAGCCUAUCAGAGCUGGCCUUUUCCUGCUUCCUCAAUCCCAGUAGUGACAGUGUAAUGGGAGCUCUGGAAGAAGAAGACAGCCUAGCCAGCCUCACUGCUGCUGCCACUGCCGCCGCCGCAGCUGCCAGUGAUGCUCCUGUGGCUGCUGGAGACGAGCCGUGUCAAAACUCAGAAGCUCAAUCUUCUGAUUCCUCCUCACUGGUUUUUCCAGUAACACCCGUCCCCUUGCAGCAGCUUCUCCCAACUCAGGGUCCUGGUUUUAACGACACACUCAUCCUCCAGACCACCCAGAACUCUUUAGCAGAGUUCCUGAGGGGCAUCAGACCGGGCCUCAGUUUGGAAACCCCCGUAAUGCAACCCUCCAGGGGUGGGAAGAGCUCAGGGCCAACAACCUUCCGUCGCAUCGCCCCCAAAGUGCCGCCUGGAUCAGAAGCCGGCACAGAUGGUUCCUCUGCAUCGGCUGGGGAUUCUGCUGAUCGGCCGCUUCUAACCAGAGCUUCGGAGGACGUUCUCUCCAAGUGCAAGAAAGCAGCUGCCGAAGACCACGUGCUGCUGGUGGAAGGGGAGAAGAAAUACGCUUGCAAAAUCUGCUGUAAGACCUUCAUGAACCUGACUGACUGCAAGAAGCACAUUCGAGUCCACACGGGAGAAAAGCCCUAUCCCUGCCCAAAGUGUGGCAAACGCUUCAGCCAGUCCUCCCAUCUGUACAAGCACUCAAAAAACACCUGUUUAAACUGGAAAGAUGAUCAGUCAUUCUCAGAUACCCUGCUCUGACCUGCACUCGACUAACAGACAUUUGAUGAUUCAGUUUGAGGCACAAUUCUUUGUGAAAAUGCCCUCUGUAAAAUUCAUUAUUUAUUACCCCAUACACUUGAUUUUAUGUUACAUAAAAUUCAAUUAGCUUAUGUAAUUGCUGUUUUUUUCAACCAUGCUGUGAUUUUGUUUCAUUAUUCCAUGAACUGAAACAGAUAAAUUGUUGCCAAACUUUUGUGAAUGCACUGAACAUAUUCUCAAACCGCUGUGAAUAAAUGAUGCACUUGUUCAUUUGUACUGAU